AUGCUCCGUCCUUCCAAACCCAAUGCACUUCCUCACUUCCAACUGCAAGCCUUUGGGCAGGAUAUUAACCCACGCGGCUACAGCAAGUGGCCGCUGGAACGCUUUGUGCAAGCAGCAUACGAGGGCGACCUGGAGCUCUUGAGCAAGAUGCUCGACCGGGAGGACCCCAUCGAAGGAUACCACCACGACUUCAAUGCCCACCACAAGCCGGACGGCUUCAACGCGCUGCAUGCGGCUGCCACGGCGGGGCAACUGGAGGCAGUGCAGAUGCUGCUCAAGGCGGGCGUGGACCCUCACGUGAAGCGCUCGAUGCCAGAGGGGCAGAACCCCAAAGAUGGCGAGACGGCGCGCGAGAUGGCAGACAAGCACGGCUGGGAUGAUAUAGCUGCUGUGCUCAAAGAGGCCGAGAAGAGCUAUAUGCGCGGUUUGUACAAAGAGUUUGGGUGGAACAACAACGCCAAGCUCUGGCCCAUUGAUCGGCCAGAAGGCUUGGACCCAGAUCAAGAGAAGCGCCGGCAGCUCAGCGUUGGAGAGGAAUGUGAGUCGCCCAUGAGUCGUUCCAUGAGUCGCUUCAUUCGUCCACCUGCCGGUCCGGGGGGUCUUGUGUCGUAUCGUCGCAAUGGGCACUGGCGCAGCUCAGCCCCAAAGCCUAAAAGGCGCGAAGAGCCACGAAGCCAACGCAACUCAGCAAGUCAAGCAGCCACUGUCUUGAUAGUCGUGGGUCAGAUUGUAGCAGUGGCUCAGAUUGGUACUGACCAAUUUCCCGGCUGA